UAGCAGACAAAGAUCUACACACCCCCAGCAAGCAGCCGCCUUCUUUAUAGGACGCAAACCACACUUUCCUCUCUUUUCUCUCUGCAUCAAGCUCAAAAAAGCUCACACUGUCAAAAGUGGGUUUAAUCUCAUAUCAUAUCUGCUCUGUUCCUCUUCCUCAUCGUCCUCCUCUUCUCUUCUCCCUCCAUGCGACAACAAAGAACAACAUUCCUUUUUAAAGCAAAUAACCCACGAUAUCAAUCAACCCCCCUCCCUUCUCUCUCUAUCGCAUGCGCUUCGACAACAUCAGACUUUGUCCCCCAUAGCUUCUUUACCAUCAACGCCACUCCCCCUUCCUUCCUCUCUCUUGUUUUUACUCGAACCCUAUAUAUACUCUUCACACAUCAUCCUUCUUCCCCACACCACCAUCACAGCUAAACCUUCACUCACUUCUACGCCUUCUUCUGUCUCCCGAAGUUCCUUGCUUUAAGUUUUCGGCCGUUUCCUAAUUUCUUACUCCCUGCAGCAACAUACAUACAUACAUAUAUAUAUAUAUAUAUAUAUAAUAUGUAUACAAAUAUGAUGCACUAUCAGAGUCAGGCUCAGCACUGGGGUUACUACGCCGCCCUGCCGUCGAGAGGCAGCAGUGGAGGGGACCCACUGGAGCGGGUGGCCCGGCUGGCGUCGGAGAGCGCGGUGGUGAUAUUCAGCCUGAGCGGCUGCUGCAUGUGCCACGCCGUGAAGCAGCUCUUUUGCGGCAUGGGGGUGAACCCUAUGGUCUACGAACUGGACCUGGACCCCAGGGGGAAGGAGAUAGAACGGGCGCUAUCGAGGCUGCUAGGGAGCCCGGUCCCGGUCGUCUUCAUUGGAGGGAAGCUCAUCGGGGCCAUGGACCAGGUCAUGGCGUCCCACAUUAAUGGAACACUGGUGCCUCUCCUGAAGGAGGCUGGAGCCCUCUGGCUUUAACUGACUGACUGGCUGACUUGAUCCUGCAUAUGAAACACAGAGAGGGAGAGAGGGAGUGUAUGUCAAAGAGAGUAGAGAUCGCGUGUUUAGGAUAAAAUGGAAUGAAAAGGAAUCAAAUCAAAUCAAAUGUCUAGGAAAAGGAAGGAGAGGGAGUUUUAAUGUGUGUCUUCUUCGCUUUCCAUU